GGCAAUUUCCAUGCUAUGGGCAAGGCAAUGAUGAUGAACCUCCAACAAUCCAUGCGUCUCCUCUUUCCAGUCGUCUUGCUCUUUGCUACCACCCAAGCUGUACCAUUUAUCCAGAAGAAGCUUCCAGCUGUAGCCUCACGGAGAUUCUGGGGAAUACCACGAGGAGGAGGAGGGGAUGAUGCUGGCCAUUCUCAGUACACAGCGGUAGGGGUACAAGUCGUGGGCGUGGACGAUGGGAUUGAAAUGGAGGAUGGACUGCUGCUUCCAUUUUUACAAUCCAGCGUUUGUUUGUUACAAGACACUGGCAAGAAACUUUUGGAAACAUCACCAUCAUCACCACCACAAGAUCCUGCUUCCUUGUCAAUAGUUUGGAAAGGAAAUGCCCCGGCUCUCCAGAGUCUUGCGACGUGCUGCGACGUCAUGGUGAUUGUGCUGGUCCUCAAUAAUAGGCAAGAACAAUCCGUCAAAACAUGCUUGGAGGAUACCUUUGUCGAGGCAUUAGCCAAAGGAAUACAACAGCGAGCAGAGAAUGGCAUGGUUUCCUCCGUCCUCGUAUUGAUCGCGUCCUCCUCCACAACCACCCCACCGAAAGACUCCACCAUGGCAGAAAUCAAGAAUCAGUUGGUCCUACGAGAUUUAAUAUCACUCACUCCCCAGCUGGUGGAUAAUGUGAACCUACUGAGUCUGGAGGAUCUCACCGAAAGCACAGAUGGACUGACAUCCACGUGGAACGGGAUUUUAAGUGACACCACGGCCACUCCAGAACGAACCACGAGCAAUCUCAUGGAUGCCAUGAACUUUCCAGCGUUACUCCAAGCAACCUACCAAGCCAAUGGUGGCGGCAUUGACGACGAGACAAGCAAAGAGCCACCUCAAUCAUCCGAGGAGGGGGAAGCUGUUGCGACAACCAAGAAUGCUACUGCCGAAGCAGCGAAAGAUUCGGAUGCAUCAACGGAACCUGCAAUAGUUAAGAUUGAAUCAACAUCAGUGGUAUCCAAUGACAAAGCAGAAGAAGAAGAAGAGGCAGUGACAUUACCAGAAGCCGCCACGGAAGAGUCUGCACACCAGGACAAGGAAGAGGUGCCAGUACCAUCCAAAGAGGAGACAACGUCAGAAGUAGCAGACGGCAAUCCUGACUUGACUGCAGAGGACUACGAGGCAACCCUCAUGCAAAUUCUAUCCUCUGCCAAGAAGCAGAUACAAGAGCUGGAAACUCACCUCGAAGAGCAAUGGCUGGGCUUUUCUGACGAAGUAGGAUCGUCUUCCACAACUAACUCUUUACAAUUCGCAAUGCAGGCAGACCACAUAAUUGACUCCUUUCAGACUGCUAUCAAGGACCAGCUACCCUCAUCGGAGCAAGUCAUGCAAGCCAAAGCUCAACGUGGGCUUUGGUUGUACAUUCUUCCACCUCUGCAGAAACUGUACAACCAACAAUUGCAGUUCUUGCGAGAACAGUGUGGCAAGGAAUACGAGUUAGCCUUGGAACAAUCUACGGCAGAACAACCACAACUGGACGAGGAAGACUACCAGGCACAGUGGACAGAAGCCGCAUCCACAAUCACCACUCUCUUUCGAGAAGCAGCGCAAUUGGCCAUUCCCACUCAAGGUCAACCUGGAGGAGCGUUGCGCGAUGCUGAUUUUGAUUAUGUUCCUGCAUUGGAGGGACUCCUAUCGGAUAUGAUGCAGGCAACGGAAACACAACAAGAGCUUCUUGGCAUAGUGUGCGAUAGUGAUGAUGAUGAGGAUGGCAGUGCCAUGGAAGGUAGAGGAGGGAAGAGGCCAGCCAAAUGGUAUGAAAAGAUUGGUGCUAAAGCGGUGGUAUUCCUCAUCAAUUAUGCACAAGGCUGGCUGGCAUAUCAGGGCAUCAAACGAGCGGCCGCCCAACGUGAUGCUCAUUUGCCAAAGUUUCCACUGUUCUAGUUAGCUAGCCCUUGAAGCUUGAUCAUUGUCUGCUUCCUAGCCGAGCCAUGUCUUGAACAUUGUCAACUUGAUUCGUAGUGGCAUCAAUUUGCCUUCAAAGACACGAGCAUUCACUGCAUAUACAUUCCACGGGAAAGGGAUCUGGAUCACAAUCAACCCACAUUUGAAGUAGACCGGGGUUGGAACACAGAUUGCUGGGCACUGCGCCUAACAACUGGUUUUCAUGCAAGUACAAAAUAGUCAGCUUGGUCAACAAACCAAGCUCAGAUGGAAUGCUGCCACUCAAGUUAUUCACAUUCAAGUCCAACAUAGACAAUGAGGUCAUCCUUCCAAUGACUGCUGGAAUGCUACCUCCCAAACUGUUUUCCCGCAAGCUCAACCGAGUAAGGGAGGUCAGGAAUCCAAUCUCAGUUGGGAUAUCACCUACCAGGUUGUUUGUAUUCAACCACAACCCAGUCAACGUGGUCAUCAAUCCAAGCUCAGAUGGUACCCUUCCGGUCAGAUUGUUGUGAUGCAAAUUCAGGUGACUCAAUCCAGUCAAGAAUCCAAACUCCUUUGGAAUGCUACCAUCCACCCUGUUGGCACGCAGGCUCAUCCUAGUCAAUGAAGUCAAGAAUCCAAUCUCACUAAAAAUGCUUCCACCCAGACUGUUCUGAUGCAACCAUAAUGCAGUCAACCUAGUCAACAAUCCAAGCUCCGAUGGAAUGUCACCUUCCAAGCCGUUCUCUUCCAACUCCAAAAAAAUCAAUGUGGAUAUCAAUCCAAGUUCGCAAGGAAUGGAUCCAUUCAGGUCAUUGGGACCAAAGUCCAAAUAAGUCAAUCUUGUCAAUAAUCCAAUCUCACUUGGAAUGCUUCCAGACAAGCUGUUGUGUUCCAAGUUUAAAUAAGCUAGUGCAGUCAACAAGCCAAUCUCUGUGGGAACAGUUCCAGUGAGACCUGCAUUUUGUCGAUCAAUUCCAGAAGUAGUGGCAACACUGUAGGUAACACCAAACAAGUUCACUGUUUCUUGUAUCAUGGCAGUUUGACUUAUUGUUGGUGGUGAACUGGGACUGUGAGACCAUUGCCCAACUGUUGGAUUUGCAGUGGUUGGUGCGAUGCUGUUGGAGUCCAGUAUUGCUGCUUUGGAUGGGGCAAGAGUUGUUGUUGGUGGACUGGGACUGUGAGACCAUUG